AUGAUUUACAAACCUAAUUGGAACUAUCCAUCAAACAGCAGAAAAUUCGCAGAAUUUGAUAUUGAUACCUUCAAAGUGGCCAAUUUCAAGACCUUAUCGAAUUAUGUUUUAUUGAUAUGGGGGAUUUCCUUUUUGAAAACAGCUCUCUUAAUAUCAGAUAUCUAUACAUGUAUUAAGUUACUAGCAUUUAAUACAUGGUCAAAUGAUUAUGUUAAACCAUUUCUUCCGUUCCGAAUAUCUAAAUGGUUGUUUAGUACAUGUAUUUUAAUCUCAGUUCUGUUACUACUUUACGAUGUAAUCAAUGGUUUGCGAAUAUAUGGUACAAAAGUCAUUACAACUUGUUAUAUGAAUAAUUUUGCUCGAACUUCAUUAUCUCUAUCAAAUUACUCUGUAUUUUGCUUCUUCGAAAAUAUAACGCCAGAUAAUAGACUUCAAAAAAUUGCAUUUUUUAGUUAUUUUGAAUUAAAAAGUUGCUUGAGGUUACUUUUAGCUGACUCACCAAGACAAGUUAUAAAUGGAUUAACUUUGUGGUCAACAUUAAUAGCAGUCAACAAUAGUGGAGAUGAUCCUCAAUCCAGUGAUUUAAAGAAAUUGGAAUCAUUGCAUGGUCUUAUUAAUAAGAUUAAAAGGAUCGGAGAAACUAAUCAUGAAGAAGCUGUCAUUUUAUCAUUCAUGUUAUUUUCAUUUAUUCUUUGGACUUUUUUCAUUUCUAAAUUCAUUGCAGCUCUAUGCUGCUUGUAUUAUGUCUAUAAAAGACUAAAGAACGAGUAUCAUUUAAAGGGUGGGCUUAGGGAAUAUAUUUGGAUCACCAUCAAUUAUAAUAUUGAGCGUUUAAUAGACAAACGAUUAUUAUCCGAGGACACCUCUUUAGAAAAGGAAACAUAUGUUUCUUCUGACAUAACAUGGGAACGACGUCUGGGUGAUCCGCAGGAACGUAUACCUUCAAUGAUUAUGGGUUCAAAUUUACAAGCAUACAAGCAUACUAUAAAGGGUCCAUAUGGAAUGAUUGCCGUUCAUAAUGGCUCGUCAAAAUAUUCAUUGGAGAGGAUUAGAAGUUGUUCAUCUGCAAAUACUUUACCAAGCUACUAUUAUAGUACACCUUUAACAGAAGCAAAUAUACUGACAAUCGAUCAAAAUAAUUGGGAACCAAUGCAUGUAUUUACGCCUGCUAAAGCGUAUUUUAGAGAUAAUAACUAUUCGUAUUAA